AUGUUCGGGGAGGGGGAUGAAGGUUGCAUUACUCAACUUUUCAACCAUGUGUAUGUAAGGGUAUUACACCUGGCUCUUACCAAGUUAAGGACAUUAUCAGAAUCAAUUUGUAAACUCAAACAUCUGAGAUAUUUGAAUUUAUCAAAUUCAGAUAUAGAAGUUUUACCUGAUUCGAUUAUGUAUCUCCAAAACUUGCAAGUGUUGAUCUUAUGUUAUUGUCGGAGAUUGUGUAAGUUGCCUGAAUCGAUUUGCAAGCUCAGAGAUCUGAAAUACUUGACCUUACUAGGCUCGGGAAUAGAAGUUUUACCUGACGCCCUACAAGACAUGAUUAGCCUUCAACGUUUGGACAUCAAUGAUUGUGAUUCACUCCGAUGUUUGCCGUUUGGAAUCGGGAAACUAACUAGUCUUCGAAUGCUUCCAUGGUUUCCCGUUGGUAAGGAGAGAGGGGUCAAAAUAAGUGAAUUGGGGGGUUUAAAUCUUCUUGAGGGGAAGUUGAAGAUAGAAGGACUUAAGAAUGUUGGAGGUUUAAGUGAGGCCAAGAGUGCCAAUCUCAAAUGCAAAAAGAAUCUGUCGAUUUUGGUGUUAAAGUGGUCAGAAUGUGAUUUGGUCGACAGUGAUACAGAAGAAUUAUAUACACCAGCAAUGUUUCCAGAUUUCGAAGAGGUUCUUGAGGGAUUAGAGCCAAAUCCAUCUUUAGAGAUAUUGAAAAUGUAUGAUUACAUGGGAAAGACCAUUUCUCCAAGUUGGAUGGACAAUUUAAGGAAUUUGGUUGAAAUUCAUUUCUUUCGAUGUGAGAACUGUGAGCAUAUUCCACCACUUGGGAGACUCCCCAGUCUUAGGGUUAUUGAGUUGUGGGCGAUGGAAUCUUUGAAGUAUUUUCAAGAUGAUGAUAUAAACAUGUCAAUAGAUAACACCGAUAUGUUUAUUUGUUUACAAAGAUUAAAGAUCAUGUGGUGUGGGGAAUUGAUUUCUUUACCAGAUAAUCUUCCAAAACUGGAGGAUUUAGAAUUAAGAAAGUGUGAGAAGUUAAUUUCUUUACCGUGUAACCUUCCAAGAAUCAAAAAGAUGAAAAUUGAAGAUUGUGAUGGAUUACUUUCUCUACCGGAUGAGAUUGAGAGUUUCAAGGAUCUAAAGAGACUUGAGAUAAGAAGUUGUGAACAUCUAAGUAAAAGGUGUAAAAGAGACAAGGGUGAAGAUUGGCCUAAAAUUUCUCACAUUCCCGAACUAAUUAUUUAUGGUCCAACCUCUUGGGAAGUAUCUGUUGACGAUGACGAUGACGAGGACGAGUACGAGGACGUGGAUGAGGAUGGCGAUGACGACGACGAUGAGAUUGACGAAUGA